AUGGAGGUUUUAUCAGUAUCUCAUGCUUUCCUUAUGACUGAGAUCAUGUGUUUUUCGAUUCUUGUUGUGUCAUGUAAUCACAUAUCCUUGAAAGGAAACUCCCAGAGCAACUUUCUCUUUGGAACCGCAUCCUCUUCUUAUCAGUUUGAGGGAGCUUUUCUGAAUGAUGGUAAAAGUCUCAACAACUGGGAUGUCUUCAGUCACAAGCCUGGUAAUAUCCUGGAUGGAACUAAUGGAGACAUUGCUGUUGAUCAGUACCAUCUUUAUCAGGAAGACUUGGAUCUCAUGGAUUACAUUGGAGUCAACAGCUACCGUUUUUCUAUAUCAUGGGCAAGAAUUUUACCCAAAGGAAGAUUUGGAAAAGUGAACAGAGCUGGCAUUGAUCACUAUAACAAGCUCAUCGAUGCUCUUCUGCUUAGAGGAAUCCAGCCCUUUGUGACAUUGACUCACUACGACAUACCUCAGGAACUUGAAGACAGAUAUGGAGCUUGGCUAAGUCCUCUACUGCAGGAAGAUUUUAGAUAUUAUGCAGAUAUAUGUUUCAAAUUCUUUGGAGACAGAGUCAAGUACUGGUCUACUUUCAACGAGCCCAAUGUUCUGGCCAUUCGUGGAUAUCGGUCUGGGAUUUACCCACCGUCUCAUUGCUCUCUCCCUUUUGGGAAUUGUAUUAGUGGAGAUUCAGAAAGAGAGCCUUUCAUUGCAGCUCAUAACAUCAUUCUAUCCCAUGCAGCCGCUGUGAACGUAUACCGAACCAAAUAUCAGAAAAAACAAGAAGGGAGCAUUGGAAUAGUGAUGAAUGCUGUAUGGUAUGAACCCAUCAGCAGCUCUUUAGAAGACAAAUUAGCAGCUGAAAGGGCUCAGUCUUUCUAUAUUAACUGGUUCUUAGAUCCAAUUGUACAUGGAAGAUACCCUGCAGAAAUGCAUGAGCUUCUAGGAGAUGAUUUGCCUGAGUUUUCAAUGUUUGAUAUGGAGAUGCUGAAGAAUGGACUAGACUUCAUUGGUAUCAAUCACUACACAAGUUUUUACUCAAAAGACUGUAUGAUUUCUCCAUGUGAACCAGGACCAGGAGUUUCAAGGACAGAGGGUUAUGCUCUCAGAACUGCACAAAAAGAUGGAAUCUACAUUGGAGAGCCAACUGCAGUUGAUUGGCUAUAUGUGCAUCCUCAAGGAAUGGAGAAGAUGGUAACAUACAUAAAAGAGAGAUACAAUAACACACCAAUGUUUAUUACAGAAAAUGGGUAUGCUGAGGAGGCAAACUCAAAUACCACAAAUGAAGAACAGUUCAAUGAUGUCAAGAGAGUAGAGUACAUGAGAAGUUACUUACAGGCACUAGCAGACACAAUGAGAACUAAAGGAGCAGAUGUAAGAGGGUAUUUCGUGUGGUCAUUGCUCGACAAUUUUGAGUGGACUAGUGGAUAUACGGUACAGUUUGGACUUCACCAUGUUGAUAAUGUCACUCUCAAGAGAACUCCAAGACUCUCUGCAGAUUGGUACAGACAAUUUAUCGUUAAUAACACCCUGCAGAUUUUAAGUGCCCAGGAAUGAUCAGAUAAGCAAAUGAACAAGGCUUCUCGAGCUAGACCAGUUAUAUAGUCCUAUUAAGAGGAACAAUAAGAUAUUGCCAUUACUACAGCAUAGUUCAUAGUUCAUGGUUCAUAGUAAGAAAAAAAAACAUUAUAUUAUCAUAAUGCCAGUUUAAUUAUAAUCCAA